AUAAUGACGUCCACAGCCGAUAACGGAUAACACACAGUUCCUGAUCCUCUUCAUUAUUCCCGAAUCAGUUGGCUGACCUGUGCUGUUUCUCGCAAGCUACGAUCGAUGUCUGUCUAAACUGGACCUGCGUGCGGCGGUGCGAUCGGCAACUAAGGAAUUUUUCCCAGGCACCCGUUUCAACUCGCAGUUGUGACUCACGUCGGGUUGAAAGGCUUGGUUGUCUACACAACAAGAACGCCACUCUUUAUCGCACUGACAAAUAUCAUACAUGGAGUUUCUUAUUUAAGGAAUCGUUUAAAAGCUCAUAGUUCGGUCAUCCUGGGGUGCAACGAAGCGAAUCGUUGCGUACAGCCACCCUCCUUAAAAAGAUAUGUUGGCAGACCUACCAUCGGAGAUAAUAUACCAUAUUGCCACGUUUCUGCCGACAGCGAGCUCCCUGACGCAUCUAGCACAGACUUGCCAGCGCCUUCAUAAGAUCGUUUCUGCCGACGGUCGGAUCUUCCGAGCGUUUGUCCAGAGCCAGUUUUCAACUCUUGACGGCGCCCCUCCGUACUGGAAAGAUGUGGCGCAGGCUCUGACAUCGCGGUCGCGGGCGCUCGAUAGAUGCGCAAUUUUUGCCCGUUUUAUGCUGCCCCUAGAAGAUGCUAAAGUAGUCGGUGUUGCGGAACCUACUCGGCAUGAUCGCCCGACAAUAGGAUACCGGCCCUCACUGGACAGUUAUGAGGUUUGGACCGGUGAGCGCUGGGAAGAUAGAGAAGAGGUUCUUGCCUGGGGAGCUGCAGAGAAAAUACUCCUGAGAACCAGAAAGACAGGCAAUAACGCGCAUGAAAAAUGGCUAUGCUUCAAUGAUCUAGAGGAUGUAAGCAGCCAUGAUGAUAUCCGCAGUGUCCAUCUCUUGAGACCGAACCAUCCCAGAAAAAUCCCUGGCAACGAACACAUCAUAUACGGAAGAGCGCGAGGGAAUGUGGAACACGUGGCUAUUAAUCCUGACGAUGCGACUUCCGAACUCCAACAGACUUUUGUCACCAACCAAACAGAGCUCCAUAGUCUCGAUCUAAGUCCUGGGACUGAACCGAUUCUCGCCGUACACAAUUCCGGGGGCACGAUAUCUCUGUAUCGAACUGCAACGGAGGAUAAGACCGUCAGCUCGUUUUCCACACUGAAAGGAGAAACGGAGGAGGGAACACCUCGGCACUACUCCAAGUUCCUAGGCCCAACAAGACUCGCAGUCGGCUAUGGGAGAAAGACGGAUUCAAUCGUAGUCUCGGAUAUCCUAGGCGAUCAGAUCGCAACAGUACGAGAAUUUGGCUUCGACGACCCAUACCAUAGGACACUAUGGCCACGGAGGAAGGCAAGAGUAGGUGCUAUCGCGCCCCUCAGCGUCGACAAUUACGGAGGAAGCGCCCAUGGGGAAGUGUUUCUCGCUGGAUGGGGAAACAGCCGAGUAAGACUCCAUGAUCUCCGUUCGCCAAAGAUGUAUGAGCAAGAAUACAUCGAUGUGAUGGAUAGCAACCCCAUCUACUGCAUUCAACCGAUGAACAACCGGUUCCUUGUCGGAGCCGGGGCUGAGGCAGUUGUGAAUAUUUUCGAUCUCAGGAUGCGAAACGCCUACAGCCAUUUCGACGCAACAAUGCCGUCGUCUGUCAAAACAAAUGGAACUUCUCCAAGUAUGCCUCAGGGAAAUUUCUCAUGCUUUCUAUCGCAUCACCCACCUGGCGCUACGAGGAAUCGAUAUGGGACGUACCGUGGUCCCAUAUAUACCAUGUCCUCACCAUCAUCUACUUCUGCCACAGUCUAUACUGGUAUUGUGGACGGCGUAAUGCGUCUCGAUCUGGGUUCUACAGAUGAUCUGAUUGGCGCUGGAAGCGCCUGGUAUCAGAAUCAUUUGGAUAUAAGUAUGGAGGAGAUCAAUAUGAAAUCGGACCCGGCACAGCCAGCGGAAGACAGGCUACUCGAGCUUUCAGGCUAUGAAAGGCCGAGUCCGGAAAGCAAGAGUACAAGCGCCAAGUUGAGAACUCAGGUUCCAUUAUGGAGUCUAAGUGAAAUUGAUGAAGUUAGGGAACGUGAGACUGGCUGGGACCGGCGUUGGAGACGAUUGGAUGAGAAUUCUUCGUGGCGCUCACGAGGCAAUUCAUAAUGGAUGUCGAUGUUUAUAUUGUUAGACAAAAUAUAUCUAGAAAAUAGAAUUAUUUUUG